AUGCCACCACGAUUAUCCCGAGAUAACAUAUAUGCAGCUUUAAGUACAAUCGAUUUGACAGGUUUACAAAAAAAUAUAUAUGGACCCGACAACAUUAUAUCAACACCGUUGAAGGAACAAUUUGUUUCAUCGAUUUUGCAUGUGUCUGCAUUGCCAAAUAAACUUUUACAAACACCAACACGUAAUCAAUCAACAUCUGUUAUUAAUGCUUCGUAUAAUGAAUCAAAAAUGAUUCCAGCUUGCUUACCAACUCCAAAUCCGUCGUCACCUAAUUUUGUAUCACGAUUUCGUGCAGAUGUAGUACAACUUGUUGAAGCAAGCAAUAUUCAUAAAUAUAGUGAUACUUGUUAUAAAUAUUGGAAUACUAAUAAAGAUGAUAAGAAAAGUUGUCAGAUGUGUAUGCCACGCAAAAAAAAAAUGAAUACAUCAGAUUUCAAGUAUUCAUCCGAAUCUGCAGCAUCAGUCGAAAAAAAUGCUAAUCGAAAAGGUCGACCAUACAAUGAACGCUUUCCUUUUCAACAACAGCAUUCACAGGCAACAACACAUUUAAUGAUGAAAUAUAGUCAACUUCAUGUACCUAUUCUUUACGGCCCUCAGAUUCCUCGACAAGAUCGUGAUGACACUCGAGAACGAUAUUGUCGAGCUCUUCUCACACUCUUCGUACCCUGGAGAUCCGUCACUAAUCUCUGUGAUACGAAUCAAACAUGGAAAGAUGCCUUCAAAUAUCGGCAACAUCUUAUUUCUGUUCAUUCAUGGAAGAUUAUAGAAAAUAUUCAAGUUUUGCACGAAUGUAAAAAGGAUCGUGAUGAUAAUUUACUUCAAGUUAUUGCUGAAGCUCAAGUUGACAAUGAUGCUAUCAAUCCUGUGCUUUUGCCAGCAAAACAUGAUGUUCAUGGCGAAUACGACAUGGAUGACAGCGAUGACUUCCUUGAGUUAUUAGGCAAUUUAGAUGAAUAUACAACUGCUGCAGUCAAUACCACAAGAAAAACAACAGAAAAUAAAUAUAUUGAAGAAACUAUAGAAGCAGUCGAGAACGUUGGACGAUUUAAUCAUACGAACACAUAUUAUCAAUCUUCUUCAGAUAUAUCAAUUGAUCGUACUAAUCGACAACUUAUACCAUUCCCUUGUGCAAUACCUCAUCUUGUUCAACUCAAUACAAAAUGA